AUGGAUGUUCCCGAAUUUGAGAUCAAUGAUGCACUUCGAAAAGCCAUUAGCUCCAGGCUAGAACUUCGGAAAGACUACCUUCGCGCCCUUGACUUGGACCUACCGCUCAAUCAGAUACCCUAUUCAUGGCCACCAGUACUUCAAGGUAUCGACUCGUUGAAGAACACGCAUCAGCUUGGGAAGACUGUGCCUGGUGCUUUCAGUCCGAAGAUGCAACGCCGUCUCGCGUCUACAGUACCCCCACGCCCAGUUGUAGAACUCGACUUCAAGGAUGCGUUGGAGAAGCUACACCAGAUAGCUACCGACUGCGCAGAAGCCACGCGCUUCCCAGCUCUUCCACAAGACCCCCUCGAAUACCAAUCCUUCCUCUGGCACUUCUCUGGUCGCUCACCCCCGCCACUGACAUACGCCCGCUCCUACCUCGCAACCCUACUCUUCCAUCCCGAAGUCCUCAACGCCUCCGUCUCCCUCCCUCUCGUCGAUGUCAAGACACUUGUGUUCCCAUCUUCACCCGUCAUAGACCCCAUCAACUGGACAAUGUCACCACCACGCAAUGCCCUAAUCCCCAAACCCCCGCGCCUCCAGUUCGCAAUGCUCAUCGACGAAUUCGUAGACCGCGCCGGCCAAGCGUACCUCGAUCUCUGGGUCGCCAUGGGCCAGAACCGUUGUCGGCUGAGACGUAUGUUGACGCACGUCAUCACAGGCUGGGACCUGCUCCAAGCCGACGCAAGCUCAAUCGACAUGGACAUUUCCUCCGCGGCCGCCACGCUCGGUCAAAGUGCCCAAGUCAUGGAGUUCUCCCUCUCUACCUGGGUCUACCACAAAAAGCUGUGGAUGAUUGAAAAGGUCAUCUUACUCGGUUUUGAACAGGAUAUCUACCUGCCGGAUGAGUACGCGGGCAUGUACCUCUUCCUCUCGCUCAUCGCUACACGACGGAAAGAGUUGCUCAAGAGGGUGGAAGCACACUACCUCAGUAUCUCCACCGAGCUCCUUAAAUCGCGACGGUUUAGAGAGGUUCAAGACGUGGAAGAAGCGUCACCCUUCCUAGACUCCCUGCUCGCCGAGACAGAAGGAACAGCGUCGCUGGCCUUGGCUCUCGCGCGCUUCUACGUCAUCUGCGCCUACCUAGGUAAACUACCCAUGCCCCGCCGCACUCCCUUUUCCACAGAAAAGCUCCGGUACGAACUCAGGAUGAAACCUUUUCUCGCUUUGCAACCACCUGAAGCACCGCCCUUCGACGACUUCAAAGCGCAUAGCCAGCCUUAUGGACCGGUGCCGUCUGCUUCCGAGCCUCCACCCGAGGCUUUUGUCAAGGAUGUUCAAGAUAAGGAUAGCAUGCUCUGGCAAGAAGUAGACGACCGAAUCAAGGCGGCGAAAACGGCGUUUGCUGAAUACAAGAGAUUGGGUGUGGGCACGGCGAAGGCGGGAGGUGUCAAGGCGAGCUGGGAGGAUGAGGUUAAGAGGAUGGUGGCGAGUUGCGUUAGUUUGGGGUUGGCGGUUAAGGAGGUUAGGGAUCUUGUUGUUGGUGGGGAGGGUGCUGGUAAAGGGGAGGAGGGGAGGGGUGAUGUUGGUAAAGGGUUCAAAGUGGAGGUUCCGGAGGCGGGGAUGGGGAAGAGGUAUGCUGAGGGGUGGAUCGUUGGCAAGGUUGUCAAGGAUUGA